UAAUUUUGCCACCGCAUCUUUGAAAUCCUUCCUUCAAAAUAUCUGCCGUCCAAAAAGUUUCCUGAUAUAAAGUUACCGACAGCAAUUGCCUCUGCUUGGCAUUUGACUUGCAUAUAAGUCCUCCUCUCUCCCUCUGCGAACUCUGAAUCGUCGAUUGGAAGCUUGGAUCAUCAACGAUGGAGGAUAAGCAGCAACUGGCAGGCGAGCUUGUCACUAAGUCAUUCACAUGGACAAUCAAGAACGUCUCUAAGGUGAAAACCCAGAAGCAUUAUUCUGAGGUUUUCCUCGUCGGUGAUUGGAAAUGGCGGAUCCUUGUAUAUUUGAAAGGGAACAACGUAGAGCAGUUGUCCAUGUAUUUGGAGGUUGUAGAUGCUUCGGACUUGCCAUAUCUGUGGACUAGGUAUGCCCAAUUCAGCUUGACUGUGGUCAAUCAGCUGAGCAGCAACAUGUCGAUAACAAAGGAGACUAAACACAAGUUCAAUGCAAGUGAGAGUGACUGGGGAUUCACGUCAUUCAUGCCUCUAAGCGAUUUUUUUGACGGAGAACAGUUUGUUUGCAAUGAUAAAUGUGUUAUUGAAGCCAAGGUUGCCGUCCGUAAGGUGGACAUAAAGAAUUUCGGAGACCAAGGAACUGACAGUUCUGCACCCAGUGAGUCGGAACAUUCAAGUGUGGAUUCUGUGCAAUUUCCACUCUCAUUACCAGUUACAACGCGUACAUCUGAACAGGUGCAAGCAAAUGUGAAAUCGGAACAGGUGCUUGCUUUCCAGGAUGCACCAAGUUCCGGAGAAGUUUGCAUUAAGCCUACUGAUGUCCCUGUUAACCCUUCCUUAGUCAAGGGACAAGAGGAAGUGCCCCCCACACCAGCUGGUAAGCUCAUGGAUUUUAGGGGUUUAGGGAAAAUAGAGAAAGCUUUUGUUCCACUGCUAGAGGAAGUUUGUUUGUGGCAUCCCUCGUUGAUUGAGUGCCAAAAGAAGAGAAGCCGUACGUAUAUUGAAUGGGCAUUCACAGCUUUAGGUCGAGUUUUGCAUUUUCUGAAGACUACGAAGGUGAGGGACAUGACCCCAGACACCUGUGAACACGUUCAACUUCUGUGGGAGGAACUUGAGACUUUCAAAUUUGACUUGGGUUGGCUGGAACCUUAUGUGCAAGCUGCUCUCGAUGUGAAGAAGCUUGUGGAAAGGGCGGGGAUAGUUAAAAAGCAGAGAGAGGAUGUGGAUGUGUUGGAGAUCGAAGUGAAGAGGCUAAGGGCGAGGCUAGCGGUUGCAGAGGUGGAUCUAGAAGUAGCAAAAAGAGACUUGGCAAAGGUAGAAGAAGGCUUCGGUGACACCGAUAUGAACAGGAAGUUAGGUUAUGGGAGGCACUGACCUUAUUUGAGAAACAUCUCAUUGAUAUUAAAAGUGGUGUGCAAUAUUUGCAGCUCAUUGCAAAAUAUAAUGUAUAAUGUACUUGCAUUCUAGUUGUGUUCAUCAGUAUUUUACGGUAUUUCAAGAAUAUCAUAGCAAGCACAAAUUGUUUUUUUCUU